AUGGAACUAAAAAUUAAUCCAAUCUUAUUUAUUAUAAUAACUACUUUUACUUUUUUAAAGAGUAUUUUCUCUUUUAACCAUGAUGGGUUAACUUUUAACAAAUUUGUAGGUGAGAAUUUUAUGCAGUGUAGAAUAUUAGACAAAAGAAAUUAUCGAUUACUAGCAAAAUGUAAAGAGGAUAAAGAUUCAAAUAACAUAUAUUUGAACGAAUUUUUUCAAAAUAAUGAUAAAAAAGAAAAUAAAUUUAUAACUAAUAAUAAGAAAUGGAAUAAAGAAAAAAACACGAAAUCCAACAAAAGUUUAUUAAAUAAAUCUCAGUACUAUACAGAAGUUAUAGAUUACAAUAAUGGAAUAUUUGAUGGAAAACAUUUUCAUUUUGAAAAAAAAUUAAUAAGAAAAAAAGAUUAUGAUGCUUUUUUAGAAAAAAAGAGGAGAAUUAGAGAUAUAUCUUUAAAAAAAAUAAAAUUUAAAAGUUACAGAUUUGGAAAUGCCAUAUUUUUACUUUUUUUAUUGUUGGGAAUAGGUUUACCCAUAUUACAAGGAUUAAAUCUAUUACAAAAAGCUGGAGAUGCGAUUAAAAAUUUAGGACCUAUGAAUAGUGUGUGGUCAGCUAUAGAAACAUGUUUAGGUUCGGCAAAAAAUCAUUUUUUUUUUAUAGCAUAUAGCACAAUUAUCUUUAUAUUAGUUGUUAUACUUGUAAUAGUAAUUCCUAAAAUUUUAAGAAAUAAUGAAAAAUAUAACAGAAUUAAGGCGAUGUAUGAGUAA